AUGGCGAAUCUCAAGCCUACACCAGCAGUUGUGUCAACUGUGAGGACACGCACUUCGGAGCAAGAGGAGCGCAGGAACGCAGCUUUGAGCAAGGCCAUCAAGUUCGCGAAAGUACCACUGCUCACGAACGUGAUCUACUUUGCAUGGCGAUGGAUAACAGUACUAAAAUACAUUGGAAGCGCCAGUGGCAUUGAGCUCACAGCCUACAUAGGCUUCUUGCUCGUGGAGUGGACAUUUCAAGUGAGCGGUUUGCUGAAUGCGCUCCUCCUCUCUGGCCUAGGCAAGACAUGGACGCCUCAAGAGCGGAAGUGCAUUCGCGGCAACGAUGUUCCAUGUGUUGACGUCUUCCUACCCUGCUAUGGCGAAAGCCUCGAUAUCAUCACUGAUACGAUCAAUGCCGCGAUUCGACAGGACUAUCCAGCCGAUCGAUUCCGUGUGGUCAUCCUAGACGAUGGAGGAUCUCCAGAAGUUCGCGAAUUAGUCGAGAGGAUGAGCAAGCAGCAUCCCGCGAUCCAGCUUCACGGUGGUGCUCGGGGAAGCGAAGUCAAGAUCCAUUCCAAGGCCGCAAACAUAUGUUAUGGCAUGGAAUUGGUCAAGACAUUCCCCGGCGGCGCUGCACCGUACUUUGGUGUACUCGAUAUCGACAUGCUCUUGGGUCCGGAGUGGCUUCGCGCGACCGUGCCUUUCCUCGAGGAAGAUGAGCAGGUCGCGCUGGCUGGCUCACCGCAGAAGUUCUACAAUCUACCGAAGGGCUUUUGUCUCGCUCCGCGCUUCCACCUCGAAUCAGAUGUGGUGCAGCGUGUUCGAUCGCAAGGGUAA